AGUAGAAGAAGAAGAAGAAGAAGAGGCGAUAUUAGAACCUCAGCCACCACCUCCAAUGCAAGCACCACCUAGAAAACGAAAUACAGAAUAUCGACUUAGCUUAUUAAGCAAUAAUACAUCCAAUUGGAUAUUACAGAGAACAGAGGAUGGUGAUGAUACCUAUUACUAUAACACAGCUACAGGGGAAAUGAGGAUUGAUCCACCUAACGAAGAGGAAGAAGACGAUUAUCGAUGGUCUGACCAAAGCACAUUGGCUUCCAAAGAUGCGCACUAUUUUUCAACUUAUACAGUCAGAACAUCACAAGCAACGAGCAGUUACUUAUAUCCUGAAACUCCCAGCCUUAUAUCAAAAGCAUCCACACUAUCCAUACCUGAAGAGAAAGAAAUAAGUGAAUCAUUAGAUUGGCAAAAGCUACUUUAUUACAUUACUCUCACCAUUCAUCAACUGAUCACAGCCGUCAAGUGUGAACAAGAAUUCACUUACCCAACUCAUGCAGCGCAGAUUGUGAAUGCAAUUCGAUACAUGCUCGUUUCUUCCAACACUAUCGACAAGGACUCAAUCUAUAUACGCACCCACAGUAGCCUUCGUACCCACCAUCGUACAAUGAUGGCUUGUAUGUCCAAGUUGAUCUUGUCAGCCCAAGCAGCUCAGGAUGAUCAGCGCAUCUUGGCGGAAUGCAGCGAGCUACUAAGUAUGGUGAAACAUUUUGUAUCCACUUGUCAAGAGCUGGUGAUACCAUUAAUACCUGCGGAUCCACAAUUUAAUUUUUUGGAUGCCAAAAAGGAGGAUAUGAUGCUCAACAACCGGUACAGUCUACAACUCAAUUUAGCAGAAAACCUCGAGACGAUGGGCACCUCAAUUCAAGAUUCAGCAGAGACAAUCAUGACGUGCAUCAAUGGUUGGUCAGGUGAAGACAAAUACUCACUUAUCGUCUUGCUCUUUACACAUUUUCGAAACCUGUCUAAUCAAACCGGCCUCUUUUUGGCUUAUUUGGAUGACACGGACUUUAGCAACGUACUCGAUCACUCCGAAAUGAACGACUUGAAGCAGGGCAAGCGGGUUCUCGCCGAUGCCCUUGGCUUACUCUUCAUCAAACUCCAGGCGCUCACAAAUGAAUACACCAAGGAUUUUUCAACCUCACUUGAAGAGACAAAGGAAGCUGCAGUUGCCCUGUUUGAUCCUAUUGAGCAGAUAUGUUCCAGUGUACUGCAUCUGGCAACCAAAGAUCGAAGCAGGAGCAACAGUACGGUUUCGGUUACACAGCCGGCGAAAAAAACGACAGAGCAGAAAAAGAAAUCAAUCAUUUUGGAGGAGGAGGAGGGAGAGGAAGAAAUAGUGUCGACAACGGUCGUUCCGUUAGAGAGGCAUCAAUCCGAGGUCGUACAAUCUUCUACUAAACCGCCUGUGAUUCAGCGAUCACAGACAACACCGUCGUCGGACAAGAUCAAGAAAUUCUUUGGGGACGAUGCGCCCUUGGAAGUUGUCGGAAGUAAACCUGUGACGACCGAGCGUCCGGAUUUCUUAAAGCACGAUUAUGGACCCAAUGACAUUGUAUUCAAUAUGGAAGGCAACGUUAAGGGAGGCACACUACCUGCUCUGGUGGAACGAUUGACGAUGCACGACUAUUUUGAUAUGAACUUUAUCAAUACCUUCCUGCUGACUUACCGAUCAUUUUGUACCUCUGUACAACUUUUGGAUCUGCUCGAGGCAAGGUAUAACCUGAAAUGUCCUGAAGGGCUGACUGAGGAAGAAGAAAAGAUCUGGGAAGAAAAGAAGCUGAAGCUGGUGCGGUUACGUGUGUUUAACGUACUCAAGAAUUGGCUUGAACUGUAUUAUAACGAAGAUGAUAGUAUCUUGCUUGAUCGUCUCAUGGAGUUUACACAGACUCACAUCAAGAAUACCCUCAAGUUUUCCAACGGACAGCUCGAAUCUUUGAUUCAGAAAAGAAAGGAAGGCGUUGCUGUCGAUAACGUUGGGCUCAAGAAGAUGAUCCUCACCUUACCUGCUCCACCUGAGCCUAUUGUACCCAAGAACCUGAAACGCGUAAAGCUGCUAGACAUCGAUGCCUUGGAAAUUGCACGACAGUUAACCAUUAUGGACUUUAAGCUCUACAGUGCGAUUCGACCGAUUGAGUGUUUAGACAAGGCAUGGUCAAGGGAAGAUGACACGGUUGCAGUCAACAUCCGUGCGUCGAUCGAGUACUGCAAUCAGGUCACCUCUUGGGUCUCGGAUGUGAUUUUGAGUCAACAUGAUAUGAAGAAGCGAAGCAUUGUGAUCAAAUAUUGGGUGCAAGUUGCAGAAAAAUGUCGUACACUCAAUAACUUUAAUACAUGUAUGGCCAUCCUGUCUGCAUUUGACAACAGUUCGGUCGGACGAUUGAAACGUACAUGGGAAGCAGUGGGAGCCAGGACGAAUCAGAUACUCCAGCAUAUCCGUAAGAUCAUGGGUGCCAACCGAAAUUUUACAGAAUACAGAGCCCUUAUUCAUUCCGUCAAUCCACCUUGUAUCCCAUUCUUGGGCAUUUAUCUACAAGAUCUUACAUUUAUCGAGGAUGGCAAUUCAAACGAGCUCAAAAAGAACAAGGAGUUGAUCAAUUUUGCUAAAAGAGCGAAGACAGCCGAAGUGAUUCGCGAAAUUCAACAGUAUCAGUCUUCUUUAUACCAAUUAAAACCUGUAGAAGAGAUACAAGAAUUUAUUAAAGCAAAUCUACUGAGUACAAGGGAUGAAGAGCAAUUGUAUAAUGAGAGUUUAAAGAUAGAACCAAGGGAAAGGGAUGAUGAAAAGAUCACUCGAUUAUUGCAAGAGUCUGGAUUCUUGUAAAAAAAUAGUCACACAACGCGUCAAAAACACCAUUGUUUUAU